AUGGCCGCCGAACGUACCAAUGUCUCCAACGACCUGAUCUGGCAGAUCGUCCGCAACCAGAACGCCUAUCUGGUCCGCCGCAACACCGGUGGUGGUUCCCAGUUCUCCCGGGACCCCCUCAACCUGGUCAACAAGCACUCUUUCAAGUAUGCUGGCUUUGUCAACAACAAGGCUAUCGGUGUCCAGGCCGCUGAGAACGGUGGUGUGAACGUGAUCACCAAGAAGCCCGGCAACCCCCAGCAGCCCCGCCAGACCGAGGUCACCGUCAACUACGGCCCCAAGACCUCCAACCGCAAGAUCUACAAGGGUGUUGCCGCCAAGACCGCCGUGAACGGUUACCGUGCCGACAUUCGUGAGGAGGCCGUUGCCCGUGUCAGCGCCGUCCGCCGCUCGCAGAAGCCCAAGAAGGACACCCCUGCCCGCAAGCCCCGCAGCGUCAAGGCCCGCCGGGCUGCCGAGAAGGACGAGUAA